AUGCAGAUCAAACAUUGUUAUUUUUCUAUAUUGAUACUUUUCGUCUGGAUUCAUGGAAAUCAUUUUUUGACUUAUCUAAGUUCUUGCAGUGUAAAAUCAAGGCUCACCUUAUCAAUUAAACAGCUAGAAGAAGAUCCACUUCUAGAAACUCUGGACAAAGUAAUACCUCAGGAUGGUUCAGCUGAUCUUGAUUCUCUGAGCGGUGGUGAGGGUGAUAGUAUUGAACCUCUUCCAGGGCUUGAAACAAUCCUUGAAGAGCUACAACAGGAAGAUGGUAUAUAUGGUGUAAGAAUUAGCCGUCAAGGGUUUGAAAAACGAGUGGUCUCGCAAGACUUACAACUGUGGCUUUCUAAUGCACCUCCCACGAACCAAAGGUUUACUCUACUUGCUCGUGCUGGAAGACAGGUGCAGGAGAUACAUUUGACUACGUCUCUCGACCAGGAAGGUAUCAAGAAGGCAUUACAACGAGUGUUGGAGCGUGUCCCCUGAAUCUGAUCCACUGAGCUCUUUCUUCACACAUUCAGUUAUUUUGUACAGUUACAUCUCACAAAUUUAAGAUACGCUAGUAUGGUAUUUAUAAAUCUGAUAUAUAUCCUCCUUCCUCAACGUAUAUUCGAAAAAUGUUCAAGAAUUGAUUGAUAAAAUACUCCUUGUACAUUUGCUUCAA